AUGUAUUUCUACGGUUUUUUAUUCCUCGUAUUCUUCUUCUUCAAUCAAUCGGAUGCAAAUCAAAACGCAACAUCAAUUGCGGAUAAAACUUGUAAUCUUAAAUAUGGUAGAUGGUUAUUAAAAGAAGGUAAAGAAGUAACAAUGAAUGGCAAAUUAUAUAAAGUUGAAGAUUGCCAGCUUCAACGUGCUUAUCAAGCAUGUAGUACUCAUCUUUGGUUUAUGCUUAAUAUCGUUUGUGGAGCUAUAGAAACACAAAAAGGAAAGCAUCGAUACAACAAUCCUGUACGAAGAUUUACAGAAGAAAAAUUACUUUCUGAAGCCUGCUGUGAAAAUUCAUGUACUGUUGCUGAACUAGCACGAUAUUGUCCAUAG